AUGAAAGACAAACACUUGAUGCCUUUACUAAGCCAUUUGAUGAGCAUGUUAUUAUUAUAUAAUCCCGUCGAUCCCUUGGCUUUUCUGGUACGGCAGAUAAAUGAAAUGAUUAAUUUCCGCGAUGAUCCGGAUAAACCUGUACCGAUUCUGUUCAACGACGACGAUUUAGCAAACGUUUUUAAAGGGAUAGACUUUAUGAAUCGUGGAUCGAUCGAUCUGAAACAGUACUUCAAAGGUGAGAGUUUCAUUAUCAAGUCAUUGAUCUUUGAUUUUAUCAACCACGUGGUUUUUGCGGUAUUUAAACAGAAUUUUCGAAUAUUCUAUAAUUACUCUACACCUACGCCAAUAAUUAGUGCCCGAAUAUAAGCCUUUAGAAUUAUUUGAAUUUAUUUCGUAUAUUUAUAAUAUUAUUUGGACGUGCACGUGCUUAUAAAUUAUGAUUAAUUAAAUAAUUAUUAUCAUUUGUAGUAAUAAACCAUUUUAAAGAAUGUAUUUGGUUUUAAUUUUAUAUUAUAUACCUAUAGCUAUGAAUACACUCGGAUUAAAUUUAGACGGUUUCAAUCGAUAUCCAGAAGUUGACGAAGACAAUCGAAUCGAAUGUAAAGUGUUCGUGUAUGAAGCGUAA